UGAACGACGCGCAUGCGCAGUGCGCGUCGUUGCCUGAGAGGGAUGCUGUACAGAAGGAAAAAGACACUGAGAGGAGCGUGAUUGACGGGCGAUAACGGUCGCGGCCUGCCAGUCAAGAAGGAGAGGUAGCCAGAAUGCAAUUUCAUUGGGAUUGGUUUUGCUUGAGUGUGCUACUAUUAAGUUCAAUAAGUGCAGAAUCUGAAGAUUCAGAAUCCGAAGUGGAAAAUAUUGGCAUGAACACACAAGAAGCUAAUGUUGACAAAAGUAGACCAUCCUUAGAGGUUGUGUACAAGACACCAAAGCCAACUGGAGAAGUCUAUUUUGCUGAAACUUUUGACGAUACCAUGUCUGGGUGGGUUCUGUCUCAAACCAAAAAAGAGGAUACAGAUGAAGAUAUUGCUAAAUAUGAUGGAAGAUGGGAAAUAGAACCAUUAAAGGAAAACAUGGUGCCUGGUGACAGGGGCUUGGUUUUGAAAUCAGUAGCAAAGCAUCAUGCAAUAUCAGCUAUGUUAACACAGCCAUUUGUUUUUGAUAGUAAACCACUGAUUGUUCAGUAUGAAGUGAAUUUUCAAGAAGGCAUUGAUUGUGGUGGUGCAUAUGUUAAACUUCUUUCCAAAAGUGAUGACUUGAAUCUGGAAUACUUUUAUGACAAAACAUCAUACACAAUUAUGUUUGGACCAGAUAAAUGUGGAGAAGAUUACAAAUUGCAUUUUAUCUUCAGACAUAAACAUCCUAAAACUGGAGACUACGAAGAAAAACAUUCUAAACGUCCUGAUGUAGACCUUAAAAAAAUCUACUCAGACAGAAAGACCCAUCUGUAUACUCUUGUGCUAAAACCUGAUGACACAUUUGAAAUAUUAAUUGAUCAAACAGUGGUCAGCAAAGGAAGUCUCCUGGAAGAUAUGGUUCCCCCUGUGAACCCCCCCAAAGAAAUAGAAGAUCCCAAUGAUAGAAAGCCAGAGGACUGGGAUGAAAGAGCUAAAAUUCCUGAUCCUGAUGCUGUCAAGCCAGAUGACUGGAAUGAAGAUGAGCCACCCAAAAUAGAAGAUCUUGGUGCUAUUAAACCUGAAGGUUGGCUUGAUGAUGAACCAGAAUAUAUUCCAGAUCCUAAUGCAGAAAAACCAGAAGAUUGGGAUGAGGAUAUGGAUGGUGAGUGGGAAGCUCCACAAGUUUCUAAUCCAAAAUGUGAGACUGCACCUGGUUGUGGAACAUGGACACGGCCCAUGAUGACCAAUCCAAAAUAUAAAGGAAAAUGGAAACCACCUAUGAUAGAAAACCCUAAUUAUCAGGGGAUAUGGAGUCCUCACAAAAUCUCUAAUCCUGAUUAUUUUGAAGAUUCUCAUCCUUUCAAGAUGACUGCUGUCAGUGCUAUUGGUUUAGAGCUUUGGUCUAUGACAUCAGAUAUCUACUUUGAUAACUUCAUCAUCUGUUCAGAAAAGGAAGUUGCUGACCGAUGGGCAGCAGAUGGCUGGGGUUUUAAAAAAUUGGUUGCUAGUUCCAAUGAACCUGGAAUGUUUAGUCAGUUGGUGACUGCUGCAGAAGAACGCCCAUGGCUUUGGAUUAUUUACGUCUUGACUUUAGCACUUCCUGUUGGAUUGGGCAUACUGUUCUGCUGGCCAUCCAAGAAAAUAGAUGAAGAUGUGGAGUACAAAAAAACUGAUUUAGCCAAGCCACUUACAAAAGGACAACUAGAACAAGAGAUGAAUGUAAAAGAUGAAGAACUAGAGAAAACAAAUGAAGACACUGGUGAAGGUGCUGAAGAUGAAGAUUAUGAAGAUGAAAAUGAAACUGCUGAAGGAAGUCAUGAAGAAGAAGAGAAUAAAUCUGUCUCAGAGGAAGAUGAGAUGAAAGAAGCAGAUGAAAGCACAGGAUCUGGUGAUGGACCAUCAAAAUUAGUACGGAAAAGAAGAGUACGAAAGGACUAACAUUUCCAGUUAAUAUUGAUGGUUCCUGGUUUCAGAACACAGACAUAAGCAUGCUAUGUUGGCUUGUCUAACAGUAUCCAGGUUGUUGAGUCUUAAAUUAAAAGACUGAACUUCACUUAUACUUCUGUUUCCCUUUUCGAGCCCCUCCUAAUCUUGUAAGAUUUUUCCUUUACUUAGAGGAAACACCCCUAUUUGUGAAAUUACCUGUUCCUUUACUUCAUAAAAUAAAAGAAAAACGGCGAGAUGAAUUAUUUAUUGUAAAUAUGAUUUGAAGCUAUUUAGAUAAUAAAUAUUGUUUGGAAAUAAUUUUGGCUUCAAAAUUUUACCUUUUAGAAAGUUCAUGUAAAUUGGAAUAUAUUUUUUCUAGCUGUAGCACAAAUACUGCUUCUACUGUUUUGAUAUAAAGGAAUAUACCAUUAUAACAUCCACUGAGGGAUGUCUUGAUAGAACCAGUUGACAACCAUGUCUGUGCUGAGCUGAAUUUAAUAAUUGUGUUUAUUUAUUACAUUAACAUUUUUACUGUAAAGUCUACUUAUGGUUUAUUUGUCAUGUUAGUUUGACAUUUAUUACAGUUGCUGCUGUUUCUGUUUCAUAGACAAACACAUUGUCAUUAAUUGAUGCAACAGCAUGUAUUUUACUUUUAAAUGCAACAAUGUUCAUGAUAUUCAAGUAAAAUGGUGUCUGGGAGAUUUUCAUAUUUUUAUAGUUUUGUUUCAAUUCAAAAUGGCGUAACUCAUUUACAAAAAAAAUGCUAAAAUUGCCUCCUGAAUAAAAAUAUUUAAUAGUCUCUGCUGCUCAAGUUAAAAAUUCUAUGUUAUUGAAAAGGUUCACCAGAUAAGUAAACUAGUCAUCAUGUGGUACAUCAGCCUUACUUAAGCUGUCCUUCAAAUAUAUGGUACUGUAUUGGAAGUCAGCUCUCAUCAGUGUAAGGCUGCAUGCCUUGUAGCCCUGAGAGUUUUACCGUAGUCCAAAAUAUGUAUCUAGUGGCCAGCAAGUUGAGAGCUGCUGUGAAGAAUGCAGUCAUACAGUUCUUAAUCCAGGCCUGCACAACAUAUGGCCCAGGGGCCGCAAGCGGCCCGCCAAAGAAUUUUGAGCGGCCCAUGA